CAAACCCUCUCGAAAACCCUCUCUCAUAUUCACCCCGCCGCCGCCUCCUCUUCCCCUUUUCAACUUCGCCGAAACCCUAACCCUCCCGGCGAAGUCGCCAUGUCGAACCCGAAGGGCUCCAAGAUGCUCCAGUUCAUCAACUACCGCAUGCGGGUGACGAUCCAGGACGGCCGCCAGCUCGUGGGCAAGUUCAUGGCGUUCGACCGCCACAUGAACCUCGUCCUCGGCGACUGCGAGGAGUUCCGCCGCCUCCCGCCCUCCAAGUCCUCCAAGGCCACCGGCGAACGCGAGGAGCGCCGCACGCUCGGCCUCCUCCUGCUCCGCGGCGAGGAGGUCGUCUCCAUGACCGUCGAGGGGCCGCCGCCGCCCGACGAGUCGCGCGCCAAGGCCGCGGCGGCGGGCGGAGCCCUCGCCGGCCCUGGCGUCGGCCGCGCCGCUGGGCGCGGCGUGCCCACCGGCCCGCUGCUCCAGGCAGCUCCUGGUCUUGCUGGCCCUGUGCGGGGCGUGGGUGGACCCGCCCCCGGCAUGAUGCAGCCCCAGAUCUCGCGCCCGCCGAUGCCCAACCUGUCGGCCCAGCCGGUGUCGUACCCGCAGGUCGUGCGCCCGCCGCAGGGGAUGCCUCCGCCAAUGCGUCCUGGAAUGCCGCCGCAGAUGCCGAUGCAAUUCCGCCCGCCUGGGGCGCCGCCUGCUCCGUUCCCUGGGGCACCGCCACAACAGUACAUGAGGGGACCGCCGCCGAUGGGGCCGCCCCAGGUGAGGCCCGGGAUGCCGGGGCCGCCACCGCCUGGAAUGAGGCCUGGAAUGCCUCCGCCACCAUUCGGACAGCCGAGGCCUGGGAUGCCGCCUCCGCCACCUGGUCCACAGCAGCCUGGACAGAACCCGCCGCAGUAGCUUCCUGGAUAAGCUUCUUGCAGAUACACCUAUGGAAGAUUUUUGUAUCUCGAGAGAGGAUCAUAAUCGCACCUGGGGAGGACCUGUGAAUUGCACCAAAGCUUCACCAUUCUGUCUCGCAUCAGGGCAGUAGUUUCCUUUGGGUAUUGUGACUUGUGAGGGAGGAGAACCUUGCCAGCGUGUGUACCACUCAUCCUUUGAUGUGAGAAGGGACCUUGUACGUAGAGAGGCCAGGACUUGUAUUUUAACUGUUGGUGUUGGUUAUGUUAGGAAAUAUGGAUAACUGGCUGCAGUCUUGUUACGGUGUUGAUUCAUGCUCUGUUUAAGCCCUUGUUUUCUCUCUCUAAAAAGUAGUCUCUUGUGUUUGUUGAUGAAGCAAGAUAAUUGGUUUAGAGAAAAGUUUAUAUAUGCAUAUAAUUAUUCAUC